UUUCCUCGCUCUUCGCCAAUCGGCGGCAGCAGCAUCGUCUCGUGGCUCCGGGGAAGAGGUCUCCACUGGAGAGCUACAGGGCUCUGCUCAGUAACCUGGACGAGUGCCCGACAGGCGGCUGCCUUCCCAACCUCCCCAGGGUGGUCAGCGGCAAUUCGAAGUGACUCUUCCUUAACGGUGUGGAGAGAAGAACUGUGGCAUUGUGAGGAACGCCACCACGAUAAUUCAAGAAUUUAGAACAUCCAUUUGCAGUCUGGGCGGUGCAGCCAGAAAGCUUCUGGCAGAUGGACACUCCCAGAAGAGAGAGCAUCUCCGUGUGCCUGGAAGAAGCAGCGCUUUGCAAGUCCUUCCCCGAACGGCGUGGUGCGGACGCACCCAGAACUGCUGCUUCCAGGCAAGGGGCACGGCAGCUAAAUGACUCCUGCGUUGGCUCCGUGGACAUGGAACUCUUCCUCCACUACUCCCUCAUCCCGUCAUUGUGCAUCAUUUUGGUCUUGUCCUUUCUCCAAAGACGGGAGCACUGUAGACAGAGAGAUGACACUUCUUACCUCCUGAGCGACCACUUUGGAAUCAUCAUACCUCUGGACUUCGUGGGCACUUUUAGUAACCGAUGGUCCUAUGGAAUCGCCUUUGGGGCCACAGCCAAUAAGGUCAUGUUCUUGUUCGCAGAAGGCUACCAGCCCCUGCAGGUCCCGCAGUGGGCCCAAGCCUUUGUGCUUCUCAUCGGAGGCAUCGAAGUCGGCCUGUCCCACUUCCCCUUCUUUGCCUGCCUCUCAUCAGAGUUCCGGCUGGUCAGCUCCAUCCUGGGCUUCAGCUACUCCCUGAUCUGGUUUGCUGUCACUGUCCUUCACAUCACACAGUGUCCCCAUGGACGGUUUUUGGGGAGGUUCGAGGCCGUCAUGUUCUACUGGCCCUCACUGCUGUGCCUGUCCUUCCUGCUGGGCCGAUUCCUGUACAUGUCCGUCAAGUCUCUGAGGGUCCGCCUGGGCUGGGAGCUGCAGACGGAAGAAAAGCCUUUCCUGGAAAUUCACCAGGCAGAGCAUGUGAAGCAGCUCCUGAGGAAGCCGCCCCUGCACGAGGGAAAAAAGUCUUGGUUCCAAACCAGGAUCUACGAGUGGGACCCCUGCUUUCAGUUCCCCAGCAGGAUGAUCGGAACUGUGGUGCUGGCUUUCAUCUGCCUGUACCUGUUCAUUGUCAUUGAGUUCUGCGUGUUCGUGUACGUGAGAGAGAAGCUGGAUGUGUUGGAAGGGGAGUUGGAGAGCUACAUUGCCUCCAUGAACCAGAUGGGGACCCUGGCCCCGGUCAUCCUGCAGAUGAAGGAGCUGAUGAACAUCUCCAAAGGAGUCUGGGUGGCUACCAUCCUGCCGGCCGCCCUCACGUGCGUGAGCUAUCUCUUCCACAUCUUGGCUUGCUACAGAAAGCACAUGAAGAGGUUGUGGGCAGGCAAUAAACACUUUCUCCCUCUGAAGUUCCGUAACCCUUCCUCAUCAGGGAGUGUGGUGGCCAUUGCAAGGUACUCUGGCUGGCAGAUAGCCUACAUUCUGUGGGGCUACCUCAUUAUUCAUGUGGUGCAGAGCCUGUUGGGCUUGGUGAUCAUGUACAGCCUGGUGUUGCCCAUCAUCCACAACCAGGGGCUGGAGAUGCUCCACGGACUGGGCAUCGGCAUCCUCACCAUGUCCAUCGUCCUGGGUCUCAUGAUCAUGCAGGUGUGGAUCGCCUCCAGCUUCUUCCUACAGCCCAAGGUGGGUGCAGCCGACAAGCAGAAGCCCCUGGCGCUGAACAACAGGAAGGCAUUCCACAACUUCAACUACUUUCUGUUCUUCUACAACGUGCUGCUGGGCCUGGGCGCCUGCCUUUCCAGGCUGCUCAUCAGCUGCAUCCUGGGCACGUGGCUGAUUGCCCGCAUUGACAGGACCAUCAUGCAGCAUGGCUACGAGGAAGCAGACAUGGGGUUCGGCGCCUGGGUCGGCAUGCUCUAUGUGGACCACUGCCACACCAACCCCGUGCUCGUCAGCUUCUGCCACAUCCUGAUCACAGGCCGCAGGGACAGGAAGCUGCAGCAGGCCGUCCUAUACAGGCACCCAAAUCAGUCAGCAGGUCCCCGCGUCUCAGCUAGGUCCAGGACGAGGUGGCUCCUGCUGCAGACCCUGAUCAACAACCCCGGACUGGUCAUGCUCAGAAAAUCAAAACUGGGUCAUGGCUCCCAGGAGUUCACCCAGAUUCUGCUGACGAGCUCGGAGAGCUGACUCUGACCUCCAGCACUGCCCUGAGGCCGUGCCAGGAUGGCCGCCCCCGAGAGGAGGCCCAGGCUGCGCUGCAGCUGCCCCUGAGUGUGGUGGGACGUACAGCCGCUGUCUGCGUGGACGGCACACUGUAUCGGCCGCUCGGGGGAUGGCACCUGGGCUGAGCAAUGACGUCUCGGGUCUAAGUCACUCCCCUGGUAAAAAGAUCGAGCACUAAAGAGAAUCUCUGUUGCACCAA